AUGACUUCGUUUCGCUCAGACGCUGCUUCACAUUCAACGGAGCAAAUUAGGCGUUGCGAGGGGGUCGUGCUCCCUCUCUCCCUCUCGCUCUCCCACUCCUGCGUGGUGCUUUCCCCUCAUUCCUGCAUAAUUUGCACCACGCACGUCACGUUGCGCGGAUCGCGCAGGUCGCGCGGGUCGCGCGGCACAUUCGACGGCGUCAAGGGGCACGUGCGAGCAGCUCUGCGCGCCCCACUGGAUGAUGCUGCGCCGCCCCACGUGAGCCCCCUCAAUCCCUCCCGCCCUCCCUCGCCGCCUCCCUCCCUUGCUCCCUCAUUCCUCCCAACGCACGGCUCCCUCUUCCCUGUCCCCCCUGCUCCCCACCCACCCACUCUUUCCCUCAUCCCCAUGCUGCAGAGGCCCUCGUUACAAGAACACUCGCUGUGUCACACACCGCUCCACACGCAUUGCCUCCGUCAGAAGCCAGCGCGCCCCCCACACACGCUGCAGUGCCGCAGCAGCAGCAAGCGCGCCUCUCUGCCGCCACCUGCCUGCCUGACCCACCCGGGGCGAGUGGGUGCCAGCCGCUCUCCGCCACACCCCGUGUGGCCUGCUUUCUACACUCCCAGGAUCCAGCAGAGCAGGGGUAUGGCUGGGAGUGCUGUUGGCGCUGCUGCGGGCGCAGCAGAUAGCGCUGCAGCAGGGGGGCCAGCUGGGGCAAGUGGUGCGGAGGGCGCAGAGGGGACCGUGGCACAGGGAACAGCAGAGGGAGGCGCCACAGGCGCGCAGGAGAAGAGUGGGGCAGGGAAGGGGGCACUGCAGGGGAGCGGGGAGGGGCAGGGGCAAGGGCAGGGCGAGGGCAAGGGGGAGGGCGAGGGCGAGGGGGAGGGUGGGGAAGCGGGAGGGGCGGGGGAGGAGGAGGAGCCGUUGGUGCAGCACGUGGUGAUUCGGCGCGACCUGAUGGAGGCGCUGCAGUGGCCGCUGGGGUCCGUGAUCACACAGGGCUGCCAUGCCAGUGUGGCUGUGCUGUGGCAGCACCGCGAUCACCCCAACGUGCUCAAGUACUGUGGCCAGCUCGACUCCAUGCGCAAGGUGACACUAGAGGUGAAGGGGGAGACGCAGCUGUUGAACCUGUCCAAGAAGCUGCAGGAGGCGGGCAUCACGCACCGUGCCAUGGCAUGCAGCCCGCCGCGCAGCACAGCCUUUCUCAAAGGCGCAAUCAGUGUGUACCCUCGACCUCCGCGCGUGUUAUCUAGUCCUCUUCCACGCGCACGUUUGAGCCUUGCUAAGGGAAACGACGACAUUCUUUGGUUGGAAUUCUUCCGGUCGCAGACCCCUCAGCAGCCGUCGCACAUCGUCGCACGGACUUUCGUGCGAUGCGAUGCAGCUCGCCAGGGUUCGUCUCGUCGCCAGAGUCACCAAUCAGUGAGCGCGGGCGCGACAUCGCGGACCAAGGGGGUGAGAAGCCCUGCCGGGGCGGCGACCGCGGAGCGACUACGGGUGCGGAAGGAGGGCAGCGCGCCGAGGAAAGCGGAGGCACCCGCGCCGGGUGCUGGGCGCGCCAAGGGCGAGCUUGACGCAUUCGAGACUUGGCUGUGCGGCGAAGAGGCGCACAGGGAGAGCGUCAAGGGGGAGAAGGACGGCAGCGGCAGGGGCGCAGGCAGACACAGGGGCGGCCCAGCGCAACCGUCGGCGGCUCCGACGGCCACGUCUUCGCAGAGAGCGGCGCAACCGCGCCAGCAGAAGGUGAGCGGCAGCGACCGCGCGAGCCAGAAAACGGGGCAAUCAGCCCCAGCUGAGAUAAAAAAGCCUGCGGAGGGUCGCGCGGCUCGAGGCGGAGCGACGCACUCCGCCUCGAACGCGCAGCAGAACAAAGCUGGCGAGGCCCCGCGCUGCCGUGGCAGCAACGGUUGCCGGCCCAGCACUGAUGGGGCCACCAGCACCAGCUGCAGCAGCAGCUGCGGCAGCGUUGGGUGUACAAAGGUCGGGGCAGAACUGCCCAAGCAAGGUCGGUCUACCGGUGGUGAGGCUCCGUCUCCCCGAACCAAUCGACAGGCUAGGCGGGCUCGGAACUCGUAUGCCUCGCUGGCUGACGUGGCAAUGGCCGGCAUGACGUGGAUAGCCGGGCCAGAGGGGGUUAAGAUCGAGGGAAGCGUGCAGCGGUGGAGGGAGGGCGAGGGGCGGGAGAGGCGCGUGCUGGUGGAGCGCGCAGUCGUGUCGCUGCAGCUCUUCCUGCCGCUCUCGCUCGUCGACCUGUCGCUGCGUGCCAUGUGGCAGGGGAUCAUCAAUAAAUGGCCUGGCUUGUGUGCGAGCUGGGUGGGAGCGGCAGUGCAGGCGGCUUCUGGUGUAGGCUGCUGGUUCUCGCGACUGAGGGCGUGGUGUGUGGUGCUCGGCGCGCUGCGAGCAUUGCAUCUGCUGCUCUGGGCGGUCAAGCCCAGGCCGUGUGCCGCAUGA